CUCGUUCACGAAUCACUCAUAAUUUCUCUCUGAAACUCUCUGUCUGUUUUAUCUUGUUUGAUUGGAGCGAGCGCAUGUGAGAUAUCUUGAUCAGGAAAAAUGAUGUAUGAACAGCAACCAUCAGAACAAAUGAUGAAGAUGAGGAUGGAUGUGAAUACUAAUAACAUGAUUAAGAAGAAAGAAAAAAGAAAAGUAUCAUCAUCAUCAAAAUCAAAUAAUAUUGAAGGAGAUGGUGGUGGUGUCAUAGAAGUGGUAGAAGAAAGGCUUGAAGAUGUUAAUUUAAGUGGGAUGAAUUUAGAUUCUCUUCCUAUUCCAUCUCUUAAUUUGGCUAUGAUCUUUAAGUUAGAUCUAUCCAACAAUAACAUAGAGGUUAUUCCAGAAUCUCUAACAGCAAGAUUGCUAAACUUGGUAAUAUUAGAUAUCCACUCAAAUCAGCUUAAAUCUCUACCAAAUUCUAUGGGAUGCCUAUCAAAACUCAAGACCUUGAACAUCUCCGGAAACAUGAUUGAAGCCCUUCCUAAAUCUAUCGAAAAUUGCAGAUCUUUAGAGGAUAUCAAUGCAAACUUCAACAAGUUAACAAAGUUACCAGACACCAUCGGAUUUGAACUGGUGAACUUAAAGAAACUCUCGGUUAACUCGAACAAAAUAGCUCUGCUGCCAUACUCCUUGUCUAGCAUGACCACCCUACGCAUUUUAGAUGCGCGUCUUAAUUGUCUCCGAUCACUUCCCGAAGGUCUCGAAAAUCUUAUCAGCCUGGAGAUUCUCAACGUGAGCCAAAAUUUUCAGUACCUCCAAACACUCCCGUACUCAAUUGGCUUACUCAUUUCUCUUACAGAACUAGACAUAAGUUAUAACAAGAUUACGACUUUACCUGAUUCAAUCGGCUGUUUGAAAAGGCUUCAAAAACUAAGUGUGGAAGGAAACCCAUUGGUGUACCCUAGAGUUGAAAUCAUGGAACAAAAGUUGGACACCAUUAAAGAAUACUUGUCUGAGAGAAUGAAUAGAAGUCCAAAGACACCAACAAAAAACAAAUUAUGGCUGACUAAAUUUACUAAAUGGGCUUCGUUUAAUGGGCGAGGUUCUAGCAAUGUGCCUAGAGAUGAGAUGAGAGAAAGUUUCAUAAUGGCGCCGGAAUACCGAUCAACCGAUGGUUUUUCUACUCCGAAGAAUACUAGUACCGGAUUGUUUUCUCCUCGCCGUAUAUUUUUACCUCGGCACUACUUUUCAAAGUGAUUUUUGCGCAUAGAUUAUCAUUAUCUUCUUUUUGGGUUUCGAUUAUGGGCUUGGGUGUGUAUUAUCGAAAAAACGCUAUAGUAGGAAUAGUGAAGUUUGCAAUGUCUUUACGUAGAACAGUGGAAGUAGUUUUAUGACAGUUCCAUGACCAGGAUGGAUUUCUGCGAUGGUGUCUAUGGUCGGCUGACCGAUGUUGCUGUGCCCGUUCAGCCACUACGAGAUCGCAGCCUGUUGGUAUUCUUUGGUCAAUAGUGAAACUGUUAGAUGGUUUUGGUUUUGCAUUUGUGUGAUUUUGUUGUUGAAUCAUCUGAUAGUCAUUGAAGUUUAUUGUUGUUGCUGUUUUAAGCAUGUAAAGUUUUUGUAUUUUGUCCGGUUGGCAAGGGAUAAUUUUUUGUACGUUGAUAACAUUUGUUGUAAAAUGCUUGGAUACAUGCACCGCAUAGUACCAACCACAUUAAA